AUGGCAUACAUGCUGUUUUACGCACUCCUGUUCUCCGUGAUUAUCUCCGGUACUGUGCUUUAUCUCACUCGAUCUCGAUGGCUCCAUUUGCUGCCAGUCCCAGAUUACAUCUAUGAUCGACUUCCCUCAAGCUUUACGGCAGACGUAGAAGCCGGCCUUAGCUCAACCGAGUUCGACAUCGCUUCAAACAUUGCCAGCGGGGACUCACGAGCCGGUUUGGACAUCAGAGCCAAGCGCGAAGUACAGGCCAUCAUGAGAAAUCAGCACGUCAACUUUGAUGAAGCCAGGCGAAUCUAUACUACACAACGAUUCGCAAAAAAUAAUAUUGGUCCCGAUGGGCGGCCUCGAGACCCCAAAUUCGUGUCAUUCUCUUGA